UUUGUAUGACACAUAUUACAAAUAAAAUAUACUUUUUUAGAAAAAUGAUAACAUGAAAAUUUAGAAUUGUUUUAUGUUAUCUUUAAGAAAAUGACGUGGUAGUCAAAUUUUUUUAUCUAAUAAAAAAUAUUUUCCCCCUAAAAUUUAUAACAGCCGUUCAUGUUUCCACUAUUAUUACCACGGGACAAUAAACAGUAGCAAACAUAUUUUGUAAUAUCGGUUUUACAUUCGUGGUACCAAUUUGCACAUAAAGUUGAAUUCUGAAUUUCUCUUUAUUUAUUAUGCUGAAUAUUCAUUGAGCGAAAAUAUAAAUUUGUCAGGUUUUGCAGGGCAAGUACAAUUUUCUUUUCUUUCUAAAUGGAAUCAGCAGCAGUAACCAGCAGGAUGAAUUCCAGGUGCCCGCCCUUGCAUACCUGUGGAGUUGUAAUCUCAUUAAUUCUUCACAGAAUCUAUGCAAGAUUACAGGAUUUAAACGGGCCAUUCGGUUCAAUAAUCAGAAAAUUAUCAAGAUCAGUCCAAAUGGCUAAUCCAUUUAUGCAUGCCCUGGAAUGUAAAUGGUUAGCAAUCCUGUACUUUUCUGAUUAUUUGGUUUUAGCUUUUAUGAGCAUGGUGGAGACUCUUUUCCCUCCUUCAAAACAUGUCUUCAACAAGAUUGACAGCCUCAUUCAAACUGCAGAAAUGCUGCCUGGAAAGUUUGAUGAUGCUAUGAACAAACUUCCUGACCAAAUUCCAAUUGUAGAUUGGGUUCUGAUUCAGAUCAUCUCAUGGCUGAAUUUUGGGAUUUCUAUUUUGAAACAUUGGGGGUUUGAUGAUGCAAAGGAAAAGGAGAUUGUAAUGGAUGUUUCUGACAGCAAUGAAUUGCCAUCAGCUGAUCAGAAACAUCAAUCACAAGAAGCUGAAAACGCCACAGGUUUUAUGAAUAUUAAGAAACAUGACAUGAAGGGCACCUACAAGGAAGUUCUAGAGAAGGGAACCAAAGAAAAUGGUGAGAAAGAGAAGGAAAAUAACGAUGGUGGCACAAUGAAAGAGACUCAGAAACAUGUGAUUGGGGAUGAAGAAAAUGGAUAUGUAAAAGUAAGUAAAAGCGAGGAAAACAUAACUACAACAAAUGAUCCUAUUCUAGAACUGUUCGAGUCCGGAUGGCAUGCCAACACACCAACAGAAGGUAAAGAAAAUCUGCUGGCAAGUUCAUUUUCGUUCAUAGGCUGAGAUGAACAGAUGGUUUUGAUUGCCACUGCUUCAAGAUUUUGAACGUUCAAUGUCAGAAUCAGUGUGCAUUUGGUGGCCUUUACUGUUUUACCGGGCAGUUAGUUUAAUUGUAAUAUAUGUUACAGAACUUGUACAUGGAGUUGAAGAGAAUCCAAUACUGGUUUUGCUUUGUAUAUAUGUGUAUUUAUAUAUAUGUGAACAUAUCCCACAUUUUACCA